AUGAAUGCUUCAGGUGACGGCAACAGCAACUACCCGAUGCAUCCCGACCGCAUGAUGCAUCCCGAAAAUGAGCAACGGAGGAAGGGCAAGGGGAGGCAGAAGAUCGAGAUGACGAAGAUCGAGAACGACACCAAUCUCCAAGUCACCUUCUCGAAGCGCCGCGCAGGCGUCUUCAAGAAGGCGAGCGAGCUGGGCGUAUUGUGCGGGGCCGAGUACGCUGUCGUGGUCUACUCCCCGGGCGAAAAGCCCCACUCAUUCGGCAACCCUAGCGUCGAAGCUGUCACCACCAGGUUCCUCCAGGCUAAUGGGGGUGGCGGUGGGGCGCCGCCAGCAAGAGGCACUAUAGCCGACAGGAGGGUCAUGGCCCACCAGGAGGCGGCCGAAAACCAGCGCAACCAGGAGGUGGUCACUGCGGAGGCGCAGGUGGAGCAGGCGAAGCAGCGGAGGAGGGAGCUCGACGCCAUGCCUCCGGUGCUGCAGAUGGAAAAUCUCAGCUACGAGCAGCUCGAGCAGCUGAGGAACUCGGUGCUGAUGUACAAGCAAGGGGUCCAAGCCAAGUUCAGUGGCGGCGGCGGCGUUAAUGCGGCGGUGUAUGGACAGAAUGUGCAGUAUCCGCCGAUGGGGUACAACUAUGGAGGUCCCUACAACGCCGCCACUGGAAGCUUCAACGCUAAUUAUGGGGGAUUUCCCGGCAGCUCUGACGCUAACAUUAACAGCGCUCAAGGCGGGCUUAAUUAUGGAGGAUUUCCCGGAAGCUCUGACGGUAGCUUUGACGGUGCUCAGGGAGGCCCAAAUUAUGGAGGAUUUCCCGGCAACUAUUAUCACGGCCACCCUGGGUAUUAG